GACCUGCCAGAACCCAGCUGUGUGUCCAUGAAGAGUGACUGGUCGAUGGAACCUCCACGUAACUUUAGUGGACAUACUGAAUUUGGGUUUAGCCAUGACCCUCAACAUGCCAAAGUCCUCAAGACAUUUAGAUCUACUCUGAAGAAGAAGUUUCAGUGUCUAUAUGAGGGAACAGCAAAGCAAAGAAACCCGACAUUCCUGAAUGAGAUCUACACAGAUCUCUACAUCACACAGAGUGAGAGUGGAGAGAUCAAUAAUGAGCAUGAGGUGAGACAGAUUGAAACACAAUACAGGAGAGCAUCAACAGAGGACACACCAAUCAAAUGCAGUGACAUCUUUAGACCUUUACCUGGACAAGACAAACCCAUCAGAACUGUGCUGACAAACGGAGUCGCCGGCAUUGGAAAAACAGUCUCUGUGCAGAAGUUCAUCCUGGACUGGGCUGAAGGAAAAGAGAAUCAGGACGUCUAGCUCAUAUUUCCCCUUCCUUUCAGAGAGCUCAACUUGAUGAAAGACAAAAAACUCAGUCUUUCAGAUCUUCUUCAUAUCUUUUUUCCUGAUACCAAAGAAAUGGAAAUAUCCAGUGACAAAUAUAAAGUGUUGUUCAUCUUUGAUGGUCUGGAUGAGUGUCGUCUGUCUCUGGAUUUUCAGUGCAUUGUGAGGUUGUGUGAUGUACAUGAAUCAGCCUCAGUGGACGUGCUGUUGAUGAACCUCAUUGCAGGGAAUCUGCUUCCCUCUGCUCUCAUCUGGAUCACCUCCAGACCAGCAGCAGCUGAUCUCGUCCCCUCUGAAUGUGUCCACCGAGUAACAGAGGUACGAGGCUUCAAUGAGCCACAGAAGGAGGAAUACUUUAGGAAGAGAAUCAGUGAUCAGAGUCUGGCCAAUACAAUCAUCUCACACCUGAAGUCAUCAAGAAGCCUCCACAUCAUGUGCCACAUCCCAGUGUUCUGCUGGAUCUCAGCCACUGUUCUAGAGAAGAUUUUGAGUGAAGCAGAGAGUGGAGAGAUUCCCAAGACUCUCACUCAAAUGUACACACACUUCCUGAUCAUUCAGACCAACAUUAAACAUGAGAAGGACUAUGAAAAUAAUGUGAAGGAUGAGGACAUGAUUCUCAAACUGGGGAAGCUGGCUUUUCAGCAACUUGUGAAAGGCAACCUGAUCUUCUAUGAGGAAGACCUGAGCGAGUGUGGCAUUGAUGAGACAGAAGCAUCAGUGUACUCAGGAUUGUGCACUCAGAUCUUCAGAGAUUAGUUUGGCUUGCAUCAGGGGAAAGUCUUCUGCUUUGUUCAUCUGAGGAUCCAAGAGCAUCUAGCAGCUCUGUAUGUGCUGCUUUCAUUCCUUUUAAACAAGAGGGAUGUGCUUAAUGAAAUCGUCAGUUCAAAACAUGCACACAAGUUCACAUGUCACACAAUCUCUGACCUGCAUCAGAGAGCUGUGGACAAGGCUUUACAGAGGAGGAAUGGACAUCUGGACCUUUUUCUCCGAUUUCUUCUAGGUCUCUCUUUAGAGUCCAAUCAGCUGCUCCUGAAAGUCCUCGUGACACGUGUUGGAAACAACUCGUACAGCAAAGAGAAAACAAUUGAGUAUAUUAAAACAAGAAUAAAAAUUAAUCCAUCACCGGAGAAAUCCAUUAAUCUGUUCCAUUGUUUAAAUGAACUGGGUGAUAAUUCUCUGGUGAAUGAAGUCCAAGAGUGUCUCAGAUAUGGAGGUCUUUCAAGCACCAGAUCGUCUUCAUCACAGUGGUCAGCUGUUGUAUUUGUUUUAUUAACCUCCAAGUAUUUGGACGAGUUUCAUUUGGGUAAAUACAUAAGCACCAAGCAAAGUCAAGAUCACAUGACACCAGAUGAAAUACUUCUGAUGCUCUUGCCGGUAGUUAAAGCCUCCAGAUCAGCUCAAUUGAGUAAUUGUGGCGUCACAGCUGAAGGUUGUGCUGUUCUGGCUUCAGCACUGAGAUCAAACCCCUCACGCCUCAGAGAGCUAGAUCUGUCUGAAAAUAAACUACAAGACUCAGGAUUGAAUCUGCUUUCUGAUGGACUGAAAGAUCCUCACUGUAAACUGGAGAAAUUGAUGUUGAUUCAUUGUGGCGUAGCAGAUGAAGGUUGUGCUGCUCUGGCUUCAGCUCUGAAAUCAAACUCCUCAAACCUGAGAGAACUGGAUCUGACAUGGAAUAAUCUACAAAAUACAAGUUUGACACUUCUAGCUGUUGGACUGAAGGAUCCUCACUGUAAACUGGAGAAACUGACGAUAAGUUAUUGUGAUAUCACACAUGAAGGUUGUGCUGCUCUGGCUUCAGCUCUGAGAUCAAACCUGAGAGAACUAGAUCUGACUGGGAAUAAUCUAGGAGAAGGAGGUCUGACACUGCUCUCUGAUGGACUGAAGGAUCCUCACUGUAAACUGGAGAAACUGAGGUUAAGUGAUUGUGAUAUCACAGCUGAAGGCUGUGCUGCUCUGGCUUCAGUUCUGAGAUCAAACCCCUCACACCUGAGAGAACUGGAUCUGACUGCGAAUAAUCUAGGAGACAGAAGUGUGAAGUUGCUCUCCGCUGGACUGAAAUGUCCUCACUGCAAACUGGAGACACUAAAGUUGUGGGAUUGUGCUAUCACAGAUACAAGUUGUGCUGUUCUGGCUUCAGCUCUGAGAUCAAACCCCUCACACCUGAGAGAACUCAAUCUGCUGGGGAAUAAACUAGGAUAUAGAGGUUUAAAGCUGCUCUCUGUUUUAAAAGAUCAACCACUAUAUAAACUAGAGACACUGCUGUAUUAAAUGAUGGUUAAUAUGGGGCCAAUACUGGGACAUUAUCAUCAAAACCGAAGUCAUGGUGACCUCACUGGUGUGUGUCUGUGGUAUUUCUAUUAAUGACUUUACUGUAUAUGAUUGUAAAUAUUAUGUUUUUGUGUGCAAUCUAUUAAAUUCUCCCUCCCAUGAA